AUGGGCGCUGCGGUGGCAUCCCCACAGACGGAGGAAGGGAGGAAUGGCAAUGGCAAGCAGACACGGCAGCAGCAGGUGGCGGCGGCGGGGAGCGGCGGCGGUGGUGGUGGGGAGCGUAAGCCUCGGCCUGCACACGAUCAUGCCCUCAAAUGCCCACGGUGCGACUCCACCAACACCAAGUUCUGCUACUACAACAACUACAGCAUGUCCCAGCCGCGCUACUUCUGCAAGGCCUGCCGCCGCUACUGGACUCAAGGCGGCUCCCUCCGCAACGUCCCUGUCGGCGGCGGGUGCCGCAAGAAGAAGCGCUCCUCCGGCUCGUCCUCAUCCGCCUCGGCAUCGUCGGGUUCCUCAAGCUCUAGCUCCAAGAUCAACAGCACGCUGGUGCCAGGACAACCCAUGGUACCCCCCUCAACGACGGCCUUCCCCAACGUGCUCCCGACGUUUGUGUCGACCGGCUUCGAGCUCCCCAGGGACCACCACCUCUCCCUGCCCUUAGCACCCUUGCCCUUGUCCAGCCCGCCGCCGGCACUGGCUCCCGGUGUUGGGACGACGACGCCAUUUAUGGACAUACUUACGGGAGGGUUUCUUGAUGGCACCAGCAGCAUCCAUCAGAUCAGCAACGGCUUCUACGGUCCUACGACUGGCGGUGGCAACGAGAUGGUGAUGCCGAUGCCGAUGCCGCCGUCAUUUGGAUUUGGUGUGAUGCAGCAUCAGCAUGGGAUGGGUGGGCAUGCAGCAGCAAUCGGUGGCGGUGCACCUGCUGCUACACAGGGAGGGCAGUGGCCGACGACAGCACAGCAUGGGAAUUACAAUGGUGAUGUUGCAGCUGGAUCAGCUGGGCUGCAGGUUGGUGAUCAUGGUGCACAUCAGCAGGGCAGUUCGAAUAACAAUGUGAUGAUGGAUACCAACAACAAUAGCGGCUCAUCCACAAGGGAGUACUGUUACUGGAACGAAAACAGCAAUGGGAGUGCUGCUGCUGCAAAUAAUCCGUGGCAAGCAGGAGGUGUCAUCAAUAGCGGCUCUCUCAUCUGA